CAUCUAUCCACAUCCACCUACUCCCAUAUGGUCUGACGAACGCACAAACGCGACAAAGAACCAGCUCCUCAGCCGCGCGCUCUUCCGAAAAUGACAAACUUCAGCUCCCUGAGCGGAGACCUAACAGAGCACAUACUGUCUCUUCUCCCAAUCCCAACUCUCAUCAGGGCGUCGGCAGUCUGCAAGCACUGGAACUCCAUCAUCUCCUCCCCUACUUUCCCCUCCGAGCAAACCCAGACCCGCCCUUGGUUCUUCCUCUACGGCCUCCACAACACCUCCUCAAAGAACCACCAGUCAUUCGCCUUUGACCCCCUCACCAACCUCUGGUUCCGCCUCCCGUCCUCCUCCUUCCCUUUCCCUUCUUCCGCCUCCUCCUCCUUCCUCGGCUCCCACGGCUUCCUCUUCACCACCGCCCCUACCUUCUGUUUCUCUCCUAUUCUCCACCGUCUCUCCUAUGUCUUCAACACCUCCUCUCUUAACUACUCUCGCGUCAACCCUCUUCUCGGCGUCUUCUAUGCCAAUUCUAACGCACCCAGAUUCAUUGUUGUCGGUGGCGUCAGGUUCAUCGGCAAUCUCGUCGAUAUCGAGGACCGUUUGGCCGUCGAGAUAUACGAUCCCCAGUUAAAUUCCUGGGAAAUCUGUCCUCCUUUGCCUGAUGAUUUCAGAUCCGGAAACUCCUCGUUAUCGCUGUCCUCGGCUUUGUUUGGAGGGAAAUUUUAUGUGCUUGGGAUUUAUUCGUGUUUCAUAUCGUCCUUUGACUUGGAGAAACGUGUCUGGACCUCAGUCCAGACGCUUAGGCCUCCUGGGGUUAUCUUCUCCUUCUUGUUCUCGUGCCAGGAUCGGCUUGUUCUUGCUGGAAUAUGUAAUUCGUCGCAUGGGCCGUCGUUUAAUUUGUGGAGGAUCGAUGAGAGGACCAUGGAGUUCAGCGAGAUUGCGAUUAUGCCUCAGGAUUUGCUUUACAGCUUGUUUGAUAGCGACGAGGAUGAUAAAUUUGCGAGCUUGAAAUGUGUUGGGUUGGGUGAUCUUAUCUAUGUUUUUAACGAAGAGUACCAUAAAGGUUACCCGGCUUGUGUUUGUGAGAUUAGCAGUGAGUCCGGGAAGUGUAAGUGGAGGAAAUUGCCUCCAUUGCCUAUACCUGUUAAUAAGUUUCACAAAGUCAUUAGCUUUUGUUCCCCCGUUUCGCUGCAUAAUAUUCUUCAGGGUGGAGAGGAAGGAACUGGUGAGGUGCGGGCUAUGUAUCUCUGAGUGAUCAAUUCUUCUACUGGUUGCAAUGCAGAUGAUGGAUUUGCAAUAUUCAAAAGCUUUUAUGUCUUCUUCAAAUGAACAAGUAAUGCAGCUGGAUUUAAGGCCUUUUAUCUGCUUGCAAGAUAUUCUUGGUGCAAGUAAAAUGGAUAUCACCUAUGUUGUUGUUGUUUUUACAGCAUCUAAGCCAAAUCCAAAAAAAAAAAUAUAGUUAUGUCUGUAAUUAUCUGGUGUGCAUUACUUAUAAUGCAAUGAAAUACACUGUACCUUGUAAUAACUUUCAGCUUGAGUUGGUUGUGUGAUUGGGUUUAAGGCUACUGUGGAGUUUUAUUGUCAUGUAGUUUCAGUUUUCACUCUGUUAUUGCUAUAUAACAUCAAGAUAUUUCUUUUC